GAAAUAUCUUCUUUUCUCAAAAAAAAAAAAUCAAAGGCUGCGUGUAUCUUCUCCAUCCAAAGAUGGCAACUAUAGCUACUAGUCUUAACAUUGCAACCCAACGUGUCAUCGUCACCAGCGAGAAUCGACCAGUUCGUCUCGCCGGUCCGGUCCAUUUGAACAAUCCGUGGAAUCUUGGGUCAAGAACAACCAACCGGAUGGUGAAACUUAAGCCGAUUAGAGCAGCACCGGAAGGAGGGAUAUCGGAUGUAGUGGAGAAAAGCAUUAAGGAAGCUCAGGAGACUUGUGCUGGCGAUCCUGUGAGUGGAGAGUGUGUAGCUGCGUGGGACGAGGUUGAAGAGCUUAGCGCUGCAGCUAGCCAUGCUAGAGACAAGAAGAAAGCUGAUGGUUCGGACCCUUUGGAGGAAUACUGCAAAGAUAAUCCUGAGACCAACGAGUGCCGUACUUACGACAACUGAAGCGAUCAAGAUCAUGUUCCGGUCAAUUCGGUUAUGUAAGGUGAUAUGAAUGCUGUCUUUGUAAGUCUCAAUUAGCUCUAAAAAACAUUUGUAAUUUGU